AAUUGAACAGAUAUGGUUAAUGGUCGAGAUUACAAUUUAAAUGCGCAUUCGAACACGAACCAUACAAGGGAUGGCAUAACAGUGAGACUUUAUAUAUCUCAUAGUAUUUGUGUAUGAGCAACAGUCUAACUUCGCAAGGUAACAUCGCCAUUCACAAGAAGCUUAGGAAAUAUAGGAUCCGAAUCACGCUUGAAGCUCAAUAUUAUGAUGGCACCCAUGGAUCCCGCUCACACACAUACUCGUACGUCCCGGAAUACUACCUGUAUAACUACCGGUGUGAACACUUCGGAUGUUCGCAUAACGCGGAAGUUCUCUCCCCGUGUAUGCCAGGUGCAGCCUGUGGUUUCAGAGGAGACUGUAUCCGUGCGGAAAGGCACCGGAGCGUUGUCACCGCUGAAAAUGAUACUAGAACACAAAUACCUGGGUAUUAAUACAAGCGGGGGAGGGAGGCGUAAGGCGCAUAUAGAUGAUGGUAUACGGCCUAUGGACCUGGACGAAGACACCUCAGCCGGGAGUGUAGGUAAAGUGGGUGCGGAGGGGAAGGCGUGUGACCGCAAGGUAGUGAAGCCCCACCCACACAAGCGCAGAGCUAAUCCGCACAAACGAGUGCUACGGUCGCGCAAACGGCGGGUAGUACAACCUAAGACAACCCAAACACCCGAGCACGCACAGGAGGGUACACAUUUGGGCACACACGCACAGGUUAGCACGCACGAAGUACCUACACGCGGACAGAAACGUAGGAGGAUGACGGUCACAGAGGGGGGCGAUAGUGAUAAUACAAGUGAAGUGUGUAGACGCAUCUCAAGAUUAACUAUGUCACAGUUGCUGACAUACGAGGGUGGGACUGGGCCGAAGAAACGGUCAUUGAUUGGUCUGAAGGACAAUACCCCGGCGACUGAGCAGAAGAAGCGCAACUUACGAGAGCCUAAAACCAGUACUCUGGAGCGGCAUGAUAUAAUGAACACUAACUACGACACGAAGGAACACAAGCAUAACACACGGGAAAGCAAGCAUGCUGUUCCGGACGGUGGACGUGUGGCAUCGUAUAGUAAACAAAGUGCCCGAGAGGAACGCCACCACACACGCGAGAAGAAGACUGACGCUCGAGACCACCUGCACAACGCACAAGACGUCCUGCAAGCCACGCGAGAAAAUGCAAGUAAUACGAACAAGUGUAGUCACGCACAAGACGUCCUGCAAGCCACGCGAGAAAGUGCAGGUAACACACACAAGUGUAGUCGGUCGUCUCGGAAGUGCCGAAUCAUCGCCCAGGCUGUGGGGUCUGGCGCGGUUGAAGAAGUGGGUGUGCCACGGGACAGGAAACCGAGUAACACGCAGAGCAGAUCGGCGUCUAAAGAGAACAGUAUGCGCGACAGUACCGGCCCUCCAACGGCACGUGCUUGUUCCCAUGACAACGGGGAGGGGUUUAUGACGGUCGUGUGCGCGUACGAAGGUUGCCGGAGGAAGUUCGGUACUCAGUCCGCCAGAGCUGAGCACGUGCGAAAAGAUCAUAGGCACGAACUGACAGUCAGAGGUGUAGCAGACAGGUCACCCCACCAGGAGACCGAGAGCCUGGUUUCUGAACCAAGUUUAUAUCAGAAACUCAAUAUGACAGCCGGUGGGACCAAUAUCCCUGUGCUAGUAUAG